CAUGUCCGUAACCGUGCCACCAAAUGACAGCGAGGCUCUCCACUAUCUCCUGACUCCCUCCGUCUCUCGCCCUCUCGCACAACCCAACUCCAUCUGCUCCAAAUUUUAUGCUCAACGUAAAACCAUGUUACUCCGCCCGUAAUCUUGACGCCGGGUUCGUUAUUCAUCCAACGCUUGAGAAAUGGCCACGAUACAAGCAGCCGGACCGUUUUCUCCGUCGCCGUUAUCGAAGUCAGGGUUUGCGAGGAUCGUGAAGACUAAUGCGACAAGAAUUGGCCUCCACGGCGUGGAUUUCAGAUCGAGCUUUCUCAAGCCGAUCAAAGCAAUGACGAACGAUUGCGGCGCUGCCAUUUCCGGUAAGAAUCUGCGCCAGAUGGCAAAAACCGUGGGGAAGGCGACGAACAUUGUGUGGCACAAAUGUUCAGUGGAGAAAUGUGAUAGGCAAGAGUUGCUUGUGCAAAAAGGAUGUGUGAUAUGGAUGACAGGUCUUAGUGGUUCAGGAAAAAGCACUUUGGCAUGUGCUUUGAGUCGAGGCUUGCACUCAAGAGGAAAGCUGACCUACAUUCUUGAUGGUGACAAUGUUCGGCAUGGUCUUAACAGUGAUCUUGGUUUUAAAGCAGAAGAUCGUGCAGAAAACAUACGAAGAAUUGGUGAGGUAGCAAAGCUAUUUGCAGAUGCUGGCAUCAUUUGCAUUGCCAGUUUGAUAUCUCCCUACAGGAAAGAUAGAGAUGCCUGCCGUGCAUUAUUGCCAGAAGGAGAUUUCAUUGAGGUGUUCCUGGAUGUGCCACUGGAAGUGUGUGAGACAAGGGACCCAAAGGGACUGUACAAGCUUGCACGAUCUGGAAAGAUCAAAGGUUUUACAGGAAUUGAUGAUCCAUAUGAACCACCAGUAAGUUGUGAGAUAGUAUUACGACAGAAGGCAGGGGAAUGUGUCCCCCCAUGUGCUAUGGCUGAAACUGUGAUAUCUUACUUGGAGGAGAAAGGCUACCUUCAGGCCUGAUAUGUGGGAAACGUCACUUAUUUCCUGGUUGUUGAUGCUUCUUUUUAACAGUAAAAAAAUAAUUAUAUGCUCCUUUCCUCUGAUCAGGAAACAGCUCGUUGCCUGUCUGUUCUUUUAUAAGGUUCCACUCCUAGGUUAAUUAAUCGAUCGAUUAAUUAUCGUCACUACUCACGUUCUGGAAGUCACUUUGUGCACAGCACUAUGCAUGCAUGGCUUCAUAAUUUAGAUAUCAAUAAAUUAGAUGGAACCACAGGAAAAGGACCUGCUGUAAAUAUUGUAUCAUUUGGUGACAACCGUGACAUGAUAUCUAUUAUGGAAUAGCUUGAUGCCUUCAGUAAUGCAAUUCGGUUGUACCGUUGUGUUAA